ACGAAUGAAUGUAAUAAUUAUCGUGUUAAUGGAUACUACCAAUACAAAGUAAAAAAAUAUAAAACACUUUAAAUCGUUAUGAUCUACUACAUUAGUUGGUUUAUUUUUCUUCGAACAAAAACAAAAUACAGUUAUCGAAUUUGGUCGUUUGUUGAAUUUUAGAAAAAAAAACCUCGAAAUGAUUUCUAAACACAUAGUAUUAUCAAUGAUAGUGAUUGGUUGUUUGGUUCAAUUCAUAACUUGUCCGUCAUCAACGGGUAAUGAUACUCCAAACAGACAAAACAGCGCACGUACAUUUCCAUCAAAUAAUAACCUACAAAGAAAUCCCCCACUAGGUUCAAAGAAAUUAGAAGCCAGACCUACUAUGAAAACUGGAGCACAGCCGCGUGGACUACAAAAUGAAGGAUGGUUUUUCUAUACUUACAUCAACUUAACUAAGAAUCCUAAAAACAAUGGUCCACUCAAGGAUCCAAAACCUUUGGCAAAGAAACCGACCGGUUCCAAAAAUCUUGAAGCUUCUACUAAUAAGAAUAAAAACAAUGGUGGUAUUCCUGAAAACGAAGAUUUAGAUGAACAAAAUCCCCCUGGCCGUAUUAGAAGAACUAUAUCACUUUUAAACGGAUUCAGAAAAAAAUUUAAUCCAUUUAGACUACUUUUUAAAGCAGCUAAAAAGACUAAAGAACUUGGAACUAAUAUGUUGGGAUCAGUGAAGAUAACCAAACCAAAUUCAACAAACGAUAAUGAUGCAGACGACUCUACCUAGUCAAAAUUAUCCAUAAGAAAAAGUCGUAACAGACCACAUCUAUAAUAAUUGUAUUACGGUUAUAUAAAAUAAAAUUUUAACUAAUAUUACAUGUAUAAAAAGUGUAUUGAUAAAGUUUAUUAUUAAUAUAACAUAUUUUGAAAUUUGGGUUA